AUGUUUUCCAUUGCAAUCUUCUUGCUGUCGGUAUGUUCGGCAGUCAGCGCCAAUAGCAGAGACAGUAACGAUGUAUUUCUAUCUCAGUUGCUGGAAAGACUGAAUGAUUUAGAGCAAAGAGUGCAAGUGCAGGAAACAAUAAAUGCUGAACAAGAGAAGGUCAUCAAAACUUUGAUUCUUGAAAAUAAAAAGUGGAAAAAUGCCGGCAUGCCUGAAAAAGAAAUCUCUCUUGAUACCAAAGGGCGAACUUAUAGUGAAGGAUUUAACCAUUCCUUAAGAAAUAGAAGUAACACUGGGGAAAACUUAUUUUCCAAAAUGGGUUUGAAAAAAUUUGAUGACCCCUCUAGUGUUGGGAUUGAAAAUUCCUCUUUGAACUUCAGGAUAGAGAAGUCUAAAAAGAGAUCUGUCACAGAUAUCAAUACAGGUGACGUGGCAUUUUACUCUUAUCUGUCACGUGAUGAAAACGAUCCAGGUCGUCACCAGAUAAUCCUAUUUGACCACGUGAUCACAAACGUCGGUGGAAACUACAAUCACCACACGGGAAUCUUCUUCUGUCCAGUGAACGGAGUGUACACGUUUUCAUGGACUGUGUACUGUUCUGCUGGUGGAUAUAUUUUUUCUGAAAUUGUUGUUAAUUCGAAUGUUGUUGGUGCUAUGGAUUGUGAUGGCGAGGGAGCGAACAGCAUUAGACACACAACAGGUGUCGUCGUCGUUGAGAUCAACCAAGGGGAUGCAAUUUUUAUCCGCACAAGUCCUAACUUUGGCCAUACUGGAUCACUUCUUAGUCAUUCUAGCUGGAGAUCCUCAUUCAGCGGAUGGAAACUUUUUUAA